AUGGCCGCCAAACCUAAAUUGAACGUUCACAAUUUCCCUCGUCCCCCGCUACUAGAACCAACACCACGACACUUGAUGAUAAAAUGGAACGGGCAGACAUUGGCUGAUACGAGGGAGUCGUAUUGGGUCUUGGAAACUAUGCAUCCACCUACAUAUUAUCUCCCGCGCACGUCCAUCUCGGACACCUUCAAGCUCAAUCAGACCCCCGGACUAGCGUCGCUGUGUGAAUGGAAAGGCCGGGCAACCUAUUGGGACCUCACCAACACAUCGACAGGCGAGACGGUCAGGAAUAAAAUCUGGAGCUACGAGGCGCCGACGCCUGCGUUUAAGGAUAUCAAAGGAUAUUUGUCGUUUUAUGCCCACGAUGUGCCGUGGGAGUGUUUCGUGGACGAGGAGAAAGUCACGCCGCAAGAAGGAGACUAUUAUGGCGGAUGGGUGACGAGCGAGUUGGAAGGGGCUAUGAAGGGUGGUCCGGAGACUUGGGGUUGGUAA